CCCAUGGAGAAAACAGUGAAUGCUCGACAAAUGACGAACUAUAGUAAAGUUUGAUUACAAUUUACAACAAUCAAAUGAAUUUCUACGGUCUGUGAGGUGUAAUGCUAUCAAAAUCUGCUUCCGUCAGUUCAUGCAACUGCAUUACGAAUCAGCCAUAGAUGUUCUUGCUAAGAACCAAUUUCCAGUUCCACUGCAAACCCAUUGUUUUCCAGCAGUUCUUCUACCGAAUUCCGUCGUCACCCACUUGCUCCUUUGCCACUCAUCGCUACCAUUUGAAGGACAGGACUGAAAAUUUCAUAGCGAAAGCAAUUUCUUCGCGAGCAGAAUCGUCGGCCCUAGAAAUGGUGAAGGCGAUAAGAGUUCAUGAACUUGGUGGGCCUGAGGUUCUCAAAUGGGAGGAUGUGGAUAUUGGAGAGCCAAAUGAGGGUGAGGUUCGAGUUAGAAAUAAGGCGAUUGGUCUAAAUUUUAUUGAUGUCUACUUCAGGAAAGGAGUUUACAAGGCUGCUACCAUGCCCUUUACUCCAGGCAUGGAAGCUGCUGGGGUGGUGACCGCUGUGGGCCCUGGAGUAAACGACAGGAAAGUUGGGGAUCUUGUUGCUUAUGCUGGGAACCCAAUGGGCUCAUAUACUGAAGAACAGAUACUUCCUGCUGACAAAGUUGUUCCAGUUCCUCCCUCUGUUGAUCCUACAAUUGCAGCAUCUGUCAUGCUGAAGGGAAUGACAGCUCAGUUUCUAGUCCGACGUUGCUACAAGGUUGAACCAGGACAUAUUGUCCUCAUUCAUGCAGCAGCGGGUGGAGUUGGAUCCCUGUUAUGCCAAUGGGCUAACAGUCUUGGUGCCACUGUCAUUGGUACUGUCUCAACCGGAGAGAAGGCAGCUCAAGCCAAGGGGGAUGGAUGCCAUCAUGUUAUUAUCUAUACAAAAGAGGAUUUUGUGGCUCGUGUAAAUGAGAUAACUUCGGGAAAUGGAGUUAAUAUUGUUUAUGACUCUGUAGGAAAGGAUACCUUUCAGGGAUCAUUGGCAUGUCUAAAAACUCGUGGCUACAUGGUGAGUUUUGGACAAUCGUCAGGUACACCUGACCCAGUUCCACUCUCGGCACUUGCGGCGAAAUCUCUAUUCUUAACAAGGCCCUCCCUCAUGCAAUAUACCGUAAUCCGCGACGAGCUACUGGAGGCUGCUAAAGAGGUAUUUGAAAAAGUAGAAUCUGGUACUUUACGGGUUCAUGUUAAUCAUACAUACCCUUUAUCUGAAGCUGCACAAGCACAUGCUGACCUUGAGAGCAGAAAAACGACUGGGUCAGUUGUGCUUCUACCGUAAAAAUACUGUCUUUGGAAAUAGGUUUCAAGUUGGUUUAUGCUGAUAACAUGAAAAACCAUUUCUCUUUGUACCUUUUUUGUAAUGACUUUGUGAAAUAAAAAGGCUAUGGGACUUUGCUUUCAAUAAAAUUAUGCAUAGUUUUGACCAUUAAA